AUGAUUUGCUGGAACGUGAGAGGACUCAAUAAAUCUGCUAGAUGCCUGGAGGUUGGAGUCCACCUCAAGAAUUUACAGGUGAGUUGUCUGGCAUUACUUGAAACUAGGGUUAAGGCUAAUAAAAGUGAUUCUGUUAGGAAGAGACUGGGUUUCAACUGGGAUUUUAUUGAUAACUAUGAGUGUCAUAUAAAUGGAAGGAUCUGGAUAGCUUGGGAUCCUAACAUUUGGAGUAUUAUCCCCAGUGAGAAAACUGAUCAAUUAAUACACAGUACUGUUUACAAUAGGGCAGGUGACUUCAACAACAUCCUGAAAGUUGGAGAUAGAAUUGGUGGGAAUGAGGUGCAUUUGGCUGAAUAUAUUGACAUGGAAGAAAUGAUGGUUACUAGCAGUCUUGCUGAACAUGAAUCUAUAGGACCAUGGUUUACUUGGCAUAAUAAGCAGCUUGCUAAUCCAAUAUAUUCCAGAAUAGAUAGGGGCCUGGUUAAUGCUGAAUGGCAUAGAACAUACCCCAAUAGUAGUGUGGAGGUGCUUAAUCCCAGCAUAUCUGAUCAUGCCCUGUUAAGAAUCAAAUUGGAUAGCCUCCAAACUGUGAAGAAAAUCAAGCAUCGAUUUAAGUUCCUAAACUGUAUUGCUGGUCAUGCCAAUUUUCUCCAGACUUUAAGGGCAAAUUGGACACACAUUGGAGGAGAUAAUCCAAUGGCACAGUUUUGGAAGAACUUACAUAAACUUCAAUAUAGUAUGAAGGGUUUGACAUGGCAAAUGACUGAGGGGAUUAGAAAUUUAAAUAUGAGCAGAGAAAAUCUGGAUAAAGCUCAGACUCGGUUAGCUGCUGACCAGAUGAACCCUACUCUUUGCCAAGAAGUAAAGUUCUGGACUGAUGAAGUUUUAAAAAACUCUGAGUUGGAAGAACAGAUCCUGCAGCAGAAACUCAAGUGUGACUGGAUUAACCUGGGUGAUGGAAACAAUGCAUACUUUUAUGCAAAUCUUAAAUCCAAAAACAAGCAAGUACAGAUCAAGGAACUGGAAGAUGCUAAUGGAAAUAAGAUAACUGAACAGGAAGACAUUGAGACAGAAGUGCUCUCUUUCUAUACAAAUCUGGUUGGGCAAGCUGCAAGGCAAAGAAGCCAGGUGGAUAUUUGCAGUCUGAGAGGAGGAGCUCAGUUAAGUAGAGAGCAAAUGGAUUGCCUCAUUGGCCCAGUGACUGAGGCUGAAAUUUGGAAGGCUAUACAUAGUAUGGGUGAUUCAAAGGCACCAGGGGUGGAUGGAUUAAAAGUGAUGUCAUGA